ACCGGUCACAUGAUUGCGGGGAGGCGGAAGGCAUGGAGGCGGCUGCCAAGUUCCAGCCCAGCGAGCAUCAGCACCUACGCUAUAACCCUCUGCGGGAGGACUGGGUGCUGGUUUCUGCCCACCGCAUGCGGCGCCCCUGGCAAGGGCAGCUGGAGAAGCCGCCCGAGGAGGACACCCCACGCCACGACCCGGCCAACCCCUUGUGUCCCGGGGCCACGCGGGCGAACGGCAAGGUCAAUCCCCAUUACGAGAGCACAUUCGUCUUUGACAAUGAUUUCCCUGCAUUGCAGCCAGAUGCGCCGGAACCUGGACUGGUUCUCCUCACGGCAUCCUCACUCUCUUCCCCUUCUUUGCAGAUCUGGGCUAGUGACUUCCUGCCCAACGAAGCCUCCCUGGAGGACCAGUCCCAACGGAAGUACCACCGAGACAAUUCUGUCCCCAUGCUGCUGGAGUAUGCCCGGCUGGAGGCCGAGCGGAAGGAACGGGUCGUGGUGGAAAAUGCGGACUGGCUAGUGGUGGUGCCCUACUGGGCAGUGUGGCCCUUCCAGACCCUGUUGCUUCCUCGGAGACACGUCUGCCGGCUGGAGGAGCUCCGGGAGAGCGAGAGAGACAGCCUGGCAUCCAUCAUGAAGAGGCUUCUCACCCGAUACGACAACCUCUUCCAGGUUCCCUUCCCUUACUCGAUGGGUUGGCAUGGAGCUCCGACGGGGCCGUACCUGGAGGCUGACUGCAGGCAUUGGCAGCUCCACGCCCAUUAUUACCCUCCUCUCCUCCGUUCUGCCACCGUCCGUAAAUUUAUGGUGGGCUACGAGAUGCUGGCUCAGGCCCAGAGGGACCUGACCCCAGAGCAGGCUGCUGAACGCUUGAGGAAUCUUCCUGAGCACCAUUACAAGCUGGGCACCAAGGAGGCACCUGGGGGCAGGUGAUGGCUCUACCUGGCCUCUUUGGCGUGGGGCAGUUGGACAAUCCUUAGAAGCUGACCAAGAGAGACUGAAGAACAAUCCCAGCUGGAGAGUGGGGGGGGGGGAGCUGAGAACAUCCCCUAGGAAUUGCCUGACCUCAGGCCGAAUGCCAGCCCGGCUGCCCCACUCCACUAAGGCGGUGAUGCUGAUGACCAGUUAAGCCAGGACCUCUUCCCUUCUCGGAAGUCCUCUGCAGAACUGGAGGCUCCGUGUCCUGUGUGCCCACAAGAGGCGAGACCCAUCGGGGGGGAGUUGGGGGGGGGGGGGGGGAACCCCUCUCCUCAACAUCAAGUCUAUACCACUUCUGAUGAUGGAUGGGUGAGGAUUCCAGCAAUCGCCCUAAUUAAAUCAUGAUUCUCGAGCCAAACUUCAAAAAACUUCAAAGGAUCCAUUAGAGGCGACUUACUGGCCCUG